CUCUGUAACAGUGGGAACGUGUUUUCGUGGUGUUCUGGCUGGUUUUGAUUUGGUGUUGGGUACACUGCGUACGCGCUGGACGUCAACGAAAGAGAGAGAGGCGCGAGGGAGUGAAAAGGGCCAACGCAGGGACGACUGCAGCGAAAGGAAAGACAAAAGUAUUAUAUAUUCGACCAACAUGGCCACUGCGAUCGACGACCGGCAAGAGUUGUUGGAGCAAUUUCAAGCGAUCGACGAGAAUGGGGACGGCUUCAUCAACCUCACAGAGUUGCGAAGCGCUCUGGACAUCUGUGGCUUCAAAAUGCCUGGCUACAAGGUCCGUCAGAUGAUCGAGGAGUACGACGACAAACAGAGGUCGGAGCACAAGGGCCGAUUGUCGUUCGAGGAGUUCGAGAAACUUUGCAAGGAGCUGAAGGCGAACGAGCUGGGAUCCACGUUCAAACAGGUCGUCUCGAAGAAGGAGAAUCUAGAGACACUCGGUGGAAUCUCCGAGGCGUCCAGCGAAGGGACCACCCAUUCUGUCAGAUUGGAGGAGCAACUUGCUUUCAGCGACUGGAUCAACACGAAUUUGUCGCACGAUCCAGACUUGAAACACCUGCUGCCCAUCGAUCCGGAGGGCAAGACCUUGUACGAGAAGGUUAAGGACGGAAUUCUUCUUUGCAAAAUAAUCAAUCACUCUUGCCCGGACACGAUCGACGAGCGAACGAUCAACAAAAAGAACCUGACCCUCUACAAGAAACACGAGAACCUAACCCUGGCGCUGUCAUCCGCCCAGGCGAUCGGUUGCAACAUCGUAAACAUCGACGCUCACGAUCUCACGAAGGGCUCGCCUCACUUGGUCCUGGGCCUUCUGUGGCAGAUCAUACGAAUCGGCCUGUUCAAUCAGAUCACCCUGGAGAAUUGUCCGGGCCUGGCCACCCUCCUACAGGACGGCGAACGCAUCGAGGAUCUUCUGAAAUUGUCGCCCGAGUCGAUCCUGCUCAGAUGGGUGAACCAUCAUCUGGAGAACGCUGGUAUCGCCAGGCGAUGCCACAACUUCCAGUCGGACAUCACCGACUCGGAGAUCUACACGUACCUAAUCAAGCAGAUUGCACCGAACACAGCCGGCGUCACGCUGGAAGCACUAAUGGAGCCGAACCACACAUCGCGAGCGGAAAUCAUGCUGCAGCAGGCGGCCAAGUUGGGCUGUCGUAGCUUCGUAACGCCGAGCGACGUUGUCAACGGCAUAUACAAGCUGAAUCUCGCCUUCGUUGCCAACAUGUUCAACAACUAUCCGGGCCUGGACAAGCCGGAGAGCAACAUCGAGGGUUUGGAAUCGUUGGAGGAGACCAGGGAGGAGAAAACCUAUCGUAAUUGGAUGAACUCGAUGGGCGUGGUGCCUCACGUGAACUGGCUGUACUCGGACCUGGCCGACGGCCUGGUGAUCUUUCAGCUUUACGACAUCAUCAAACCCGGCACCGUCAACUGGAACCGGGUGCACAAGAAGUUCACGAAGCUGCGCAAGUUCAUGGAGAAGCUGGAGAACUGCAAUUACGCGGUCGAGCUUGGCAAGACGAUGAUGAACUUCUCGCUGGUCGGUAUCGCCGGCCAGGACAUCAACGACGGGAACGCCACGCUGACCCUGGCGUUGAUCUGGCAAUUGAUGAGAUCGUACACGCUGUCCAUUCUCACGUCGCUGGCGGGCACCCAGGGUAGCACCGUCGUCGAGAAGGAGAUCGUCCAGUGGGUGAACUCGAAGCUGCAAACGGCGGGCAAAACCAGCGGGAUCAAAGGUUUCCAGGACUCGACGAUAGCCGAUGGGAAAGUGGUCAUCGACCUGAUCGAUGCCAUUAAACCGGGCACUGUGAAUUACGAUCUCGUGAAGGAGGGUGGAACCGAAGAGGAGAACCUGGACAACGCAAAGUACGCGAUAUCCUUGGCACGGAAAUGCGGCGCGCGCGUGUACGCGCUACCAGAGGACAUAACCGAGGUGAAGCCGAAGAUGGUGAUGACUGUGUUCGCCUGCCUGAUGGCGAUGGACUACAUCCCCAAUAUGGACUCCGUGAAGCAGCAGAACAACAUUGCGAACAAUAUUGCGAACAACAGUCAAUAAUGUCGCGUCGCGUGCGAUUCGUCCGCGAGAGGGAUGUUCUCUCGUGAUUGUGCGUUCGGUGAUGGACUGUGCCGACUGAGCCACGAUUUGUGCGAACCGUGUCUUUUCAACGAGCGUAAUUAUUGUAUAUAUAUAGACAGACACACACACACACACACGUACACACAGUUAGGUUAGAGUAGCUUGUUUCCCGAGACGGGAGAAACGAAGGCAAAGGGCAAAGGAGAAGAAAGAAACGAAAAUGUAGAGAAAGACCGAAACCGUGAGAAGGGGAAGAAAAGAAUCGAAAUUGAUAGAGAAGGACGACGAUCAACGAAAAUGUGUGUUUUUUUUUGUUUUUACGUCGUCGGAUUUCGUUUGGCUUGGAAAACCUGUGGAGAAUGAUUUUUGUAGAGAAUGGUGAUCUUCGAAAUUACUUUUUUUUUUUUUUUUUUUUUUUUUUUUAGUAGAUAGAGCGAAAAAGUAGAAAACGAAUACCCGCGUAAACUUUGGUAGCGAGCCGCGAGUAAAAAUCAUGCGAGACUAA